UUCUGGAUUCUGUCUCAUUCUAACCCUCUGCUCAUCAUCUGACCCAUGCAAUCUAAUCUAAACUAUGGAACCAGAGACAUCGGCACAGUCCAGCCCCUGUCUUGGUGAAGAUCAUCCUUGGCCACUGGACUUUGAUGAAAUAAAUACAGGGUUUUGUGACCAAAGUGUAACUUACUCAGAUGUCAAAGCUUAUAGACCUUCAAAUGUUGAGAAGAGAAAAACAACUAGGAAUUUGAAGACAAAUGAGACUACAUGGUGCCUUGUUGCAAUGUUAUUUGUCUUCAUUUAUUUAAUUUUUCUGGUAUUAGCUGCGGUGAUGACAGCUAAGGCUCGUUGUCUGGAAGAGGUUCUGAUAUCAUAUGAAAACGAAACUGCACAUUGCAAAGUCAUAUAGCAAAGCAGAGGUAACUGGUCUUUCUCUGAAGACAACUGGUAUUUUACUUCUGCUGAAAAUACCAUCUUGGCAUCAGGGAAAUUGUUCUGGAACAUUGAGCGCCAAUCUUAUCGAGACCAAUAGCAAGGAAGAGGCGGAAAUGUAUGGCAUGAUAUUCAUUCCCAUGUUUUCUUAAGCAGAAGAUAACUAUAAAUAGACUUUUUAAUAUCUUUUGUUCUUUCAAGCAUGCCAGACUCAACAUAUUAUAAGCGGAAAUCUCAAUCAAACUGAAAACAUUAAAAAAUGGACUGAAGAUGAUUCUGUGAUUUUAAAACUUUAAAUAUAUUUGCAUAUCAAACUAUGUACUGAUGUACAAAAAUUAUUUAGUAAAUAAGGGGUGGAGGGGAUCACAUAAGACAUACAAACUAAAGGGAGUCUGCUCAGAAAUAGCUCAUAUUUAUUGAUUGCUCCUACUAUUCCUGUUAAUAGUUGAGUGAUUACAUAUAUUAAAGCAUAUACUGCCCCAAUAAUCCUAUGUGACAGUGCUAUCAUUGAUGUUGUCAUAUUAAUGAGGCCCAGAGAGGAUGAGAAAAAUUUCCAAGAUUAUGUAGCAAGUAAGAAUUAGAAGCAAGAUGUAAGCCAUGAAAGUUUUACUCUGGAGAUCAUGAGCAUUAUCAUUAGGCGAUGCUAACCCCGGAACGGUAAAUCAUAUUGAAGCAAGUUGGAAGACUAUCACUUUUGUUGGCAACAGGCAGAGUCGCUCAAACAAGCAGAUUUACAUUUUUCUCCCCUGUAUGUUAUC